AUGCCUCAUGAUGCUACUAUUGCAAAUGAACAAGAACCAAAUCAUAUGAUCAUUUGGCUUGAUUUGACGAUUGGAGAUCCAGAACAACAUAUAAAUCUUAAAAAAUCAUUUUCAUCUCAAUCUGAUCCCAAAAAUGAAACUCCAAUGAAAUUAUUUGAUAAAGAUGAGGACGACAUUCUUGAUUCAGUAGGACCUGUAUCUGUCGAUUUUGAAGGUGUUGUAUUUUUGUUGGCAGCAUUCAAAAACGCUGAACGUUGUAUUGAAUGUUUUGAAGAAAAUCAACAUAAACGUAUUUUUUUUAUUGUAUCUGGAUCGAUAGGACAAGUUGUUGUACCAAAAAUCCUAGAAAGAUUUCCACAUAUAUUCACUGAUUCAGUUACAAAUGAGUCGUACAAUUCAAUAUAUAUAUUUUGUGGUGAUAGAGCAUACCAUGCGCAGUGGGCACUUGCUUAUAGAAAUUAUGUUCAGAUAUUUGAUGAUGAAACUGCUCUAUUACCUAGAAUGGUACGUGAUAUUGCUGAUCAUUUCCGUGUUGAAGGCAGACGACAAUUAGAUGAUGAUCCUCCAAACUACCCAGCUGCUAAACAUCGUCUUACAUGGUCACAUGAACUCUAUCAACGAUAUGGUAAAAUGAGCGAUCUCUCAAUACAAACAGAACUUGCUGAAGUGAAUAAAGCUCUCGAAAGAAUAGAGAGUGAAAUGGUAUCGUUAAUGGAUGUAGAUAAUUAA